CCUCUCCGGGCGGUGUCCGUGGCUCGGCGCGGCCGGGAGCGAUGGAGGCGUUGCCGCCGCUGACGAUGGAGGAGGCGGAAGGCGGCCUGUUGAGGCGGCCCUGGGCCUGGCUUCGGCUGUCCGGGGACUCGCUCCUGGCCAAGGCCCGUUUCACCGACCGCGGCUACGUCCUGCUGCUCUGCGACCUCCGGCACGCCUGGCUCGAGCGCGUCGACUCGGACCUGGUCGGCAGGAGGGCCAAGGAGCUGAACAGGCGUCUGACGGCCCCCCCCGCCGCCUUCCUGUCGCGCCUCGACGGCCUGCUGGGCUCCCUGAUGGAGGCCGGCGGAGCCCCCGACCGCGGCCGAGACCCCCCGCCCGGCGGAGCGCCCCCCGGGACCACCUUCCGCUGCACCCGCGCCGCCGGGACCCUCACCCUGAGCGUGGGCGGCCAGCUGGCCGGCCUGCCCUUCCGCUGGGAGUUCCACUGCGCCCCGGCCCCCUCCAGCCUGGUGUUCGAGCAGCUGGUGCAGCCCCUGAUGGGCGUGAGCCUGGCACUGCAGGGCCAGGUGCGGGAGCUGGCGGGCCUCCUGCGGCUCAAGGACGCCCAGAUCCAGGACUACGAGGACGGCGGGGCCGUGCUCGGCCGAGAUCGUCUGAAGACGGAGCCGUUCGACGAAGACGCCUUCCAGGAGCGAUUCGUCGCCGAGAAGUUGCCGGCGGCCUGCGACUGGAGGGACGGGCGGCCGCUGGCCCACAGCCUGCGGCCCCUCUACGGGGCCGUGACCGCGGCAGCCCCCCGACACGGCCCCGACCGCCGCACCCCCGGAGAUGGCCCGAGUCCGGAGUCCGACGACGAAGCCGCCCCUCAGCCCGGGGACGCCCCGGGCGGCCCGCGGCCCCCUCCCUCCGCCCCGGCCCGGGCCUCAUCCGAAGCCCUCCUCACACUCCAGAGCCCUCCGAUGCCGCCCCUGAGAGCCCGGCCCCUCAAGGUCAGAGCCAGGAAGAAGAAACCACAGGGUCUGUUCAGCUGAGAACCUCCAGCCGCCCCGGAGGCCAAGACGGGGGUCAGGCGGCGACGGGGCGGGCUCUGCCGGCGGCCUCACCGUCCCCCGCCCCACCCCAGGACGGCACUGACCCCGGAAUUUCCUGGGGGGACUGGGGGUCCCUGCUCCAGGGACCCUCGGAAGGAUCGGAUCCCGGCGGAGACUUGGCCACCGGGCCCUCAGCGCCCCCACCCCCGACCCCUGACCCCCCGACCCCCGACUCCGGCCUGGCCUUCCCUAUCCCGGCCCUGCCUUUCCUGUGACCCACUGAACGGACCGGCUCGGGGCUUGGCGUGCGAAGUGGAGAGUCUCCCAUCUUCGGGGCAGGUCCCCCCCCCCCCCCCCAUUCCCCGGAAGUUCCCCAGCCCCAUGCCACCCCCAUAGUCUGGCCCCCGACCCCCAAGAAUAGGCCCGGGACCAGCUAGGGGGGCUAGCCCUCCCUGCCCAUCCCCCUCGCAGUGCCCCUUCUACCCUCCUGCCUUCUGACUGUGGAAUAAAACCCUGGCUCAGCACUGCC